GAUUGGUAAAGAGCGAUGGGCCAAUUAGAGGAGUUGUUGUUAGGCCGUCCCGGAGAACCGGUCGGGAGGGAGGAAGGUGGCAAGAUGGUGUUGGAAAGCACUAUGGUGUGUGUGGACAACAGUGAAUAUAUGCGGAAUGGGGACUUCUUACCCACCCGGCUGCAGGCCCAGCAGGAUGCUGUCAACAUAGUUUGUCAUUCAAAGACCCGCAGCAACCCGGAGAACAACGUGGGCCUUAUCACACUGGCUAAGUAUGGGGGACAAAGGAGGAAGGGACUCGGUAGGUGGGUGGUUGUUACAUGCUACUCUUCAGAUUCCAUGAGGCUGCUUUUGCCCAUCACCUUCCUAAACUGCCUUCUUCACUAUUCACUGGCUCUGAAGCACCGUCAGGGCAAGAAUCACAAGAUGCGCAUCAUUGCCUUUGUGGGAAGCCCGGUGGAGGACAAUGAGAAGGAUCUGGUGAAACUGGCUAAACGCCUCAAGAAGGAGAAAGUAAAUGUUGACAUUAUCAAUUUUGGGGAAGAGGAGGUGAACACAGAAAAGCUGACAGCCUUUGUAAACACGUUGAAUGGCAAAGAUGGAACCGGUUCUCAUCUGGUGACAGUACCUCCUGGGCCCAGCUUGGCUGAUGCUCUCAUCAGUUCUCCGAUUUUGGCUGGUGAAGGUGGUGCCAUGCUGGGUCUCGGUGCCAGUGACUUUGAAUUUGGAGUAGAUCCCAGUGCGGAUCCCGAGCUGGCCUUGGCCCUUCGUGUGUCUAUGGAAGAGCAGCGGCAGCGGCAGGAGGAGGAGGCCCGGCGGGCAGCUGCAGCUUCUGCUGCUGAGGCCGGGAUUGCUACGACUGGGACUGAAGGUGAAAGAGACUCAGACGAUGCCCUGCUGAAGAUGACCAUUAGCCAGCAAGAGUUCGGCCGCACUGGGCUUCCUGACCUCAGCAGUAUGACUGAGGAAGAGCAGAUUGCUUAUGCCAUGCAGAUGUCCCUGCAGGGAGCAGAGUUUGGCCAGGCGGAAUCAGCAGACAUUGAUGCCAGCUCAGCCAUGGACACAUCUGAGCCAGCCAAGGAGGAGGAUGAUUACGAUGUGAUGCAGGACCCCGAGUUCCUUCAGAGUGUUCUAGAGAACCUCCCAGGUGUGGAUCCCAACAAUGAAGCCAUUCGAAAUGCUAUGGGCUCCCUGGCCUCCCAGGCCACCAAGGACGGCAAGAAGGACAAGAAGGAGGAAGACAAGAAGUGAGACUGAAGGGAAGGGGCAGCUGAGCCUGCUCAGGGCACUGCAUGGGAGGCACGGAAUACAAGGUUAGCUGAGUAUUACCUGUAACCAUUACAGCCUAAAUAAAGCUUGGCAAGUUUUUUUCCUUUUUUGCUUCA